GGGGACGGCGGACUUCUGCUGGGCCCAGGUGAGAAAGGACCACCUGAGUCCUGGGUGAGAGUGUUCCUUGGUUCUUUGGGGCUAGAGGAAUCCUGAAAUUGUGGAUUACCCAUAUAUACUUUGAGACAUGCUUUAGAUGUUUUUUCUGGAAGCCUUGCAGCUGCCCUAAAAAUUGAAUGUAUUGUAGAACAGACCUAUGGCCAGUGGUGGCAGAGUCUGCAUAGAACUAUGCUUCGUGGUGUUCUGGGAAAAACCUUUCGACUUAUUGGCUAUACUAUUCAAUAUGGCUGUAUAGCUCAUUGUGCUUUUGAAUACGUUGGUGGUGUUCUCAUGUGUUCUGGACCAUCAAUGGAACCUACAAUUCAAAAUUCAGAUAUUGUCUUUGCAGAAAAUCUUAGUCGACAUUUUUAUGGUAUCCAAAGAGGUGACAUUGUCAUUGCAAAAAGCCCGAGUGAUCCAAAAUCAAACAUUUGUAAGAGAGUAAUUGGCUUGGAAGGAGAUAAAAUCGUCACCAAUAGUCCAUCAGAUUUCUUUAAAAGUCAUAGUUAUGUGCCAACAGGUCAUGUUUGGUUAGAAGGUGAUAAUCUACAGAAUUCUACAGAUUCCAGAUAUUAUGGACCUAUUCCAUAUGGACUAAUAAGAGGACGUAUCUUUUUCAAGAUUUGGCCUCUGAGUGAUUUUGGAUUUCUCCGUGACAGCCCUAAUGGCCACAGAUUUUCUGACGACUAGCAAGCAUUUAUUCUUUUGAUUAUUCUCCCAAGUGAAUUUAUUAUUGCCACUGAAUCCAUGUACUUAACUAAUAACUAUUUGCUACUUAUUUUUAGUCAUUUGUAAUUGUUAUAUGGAAGAAUAAACAAUACAUAUUGUAAGUGCUAUUAGUUCCAAAUACAUGGAUAGAAAUGUAAUCCAAGAAAAGAAAUCUAAAGUUUAUGAUAGAUAUAAAAAUAUUUUUAGGGAAAAAACCUGGAUGACCACCUCACUUCUGAAUUUUUGGUUUAAUAGUUAUAAUAAAAGUAAUCCUUUCUUGA